GCGUACACAAAACUAGUCAAAGCACAAAAGUUUGGAAAGCAAGAAAAACACAACAGCUGUAAUCAAAGACUUGAAAAAGUUAGUAGUCUUCCAACACCCCAAAAACCAGCUUACCAACUUCUAACUAAAGCUGCAAUUUCCUUUAAAUUAAAAUCUACUCAAACCUCCAAAUUUAACGGGAAAAGUUAGGGUUUCUUAUCCAUGGGGGAUUGUGAAUCGAUGGCUCCACAAUUAGAAGGAGAGGAAAAUCUGAUUGCUGCUGCAAAACAUAUUGUGAGAGCAUUGGGUUCAAAUAAGAAUCUUACAAAAGAUGUGAAAAAGAUCUUAGCAGAUCUUGGUAGUCAAUUAUCUACUAUGGCUACAAUAGAUGAUGAAGGUGUUGAGGGAUUGAAAUCUGGGAUUGAAGAACAUUUGAGUGUUGUUGAGGAAAAGAUUAUGAGUUGGGAGACUGAUGAGUCAAUGAUUUGGGAUUCAGGCCCUGAUGAAGCUUUUGAAUAUCUGAGUGCUGUCGAUGAGGCUCGGAAAUUGAUCCAAGGACUGGAAAAUCGGUGCUUGAAUGGCGAAGACGAGAAAGAGUUGUUGCGUAGGGCUCAUGAUGUUCUUCAAUUGGCAAUGCAAAGGCUUGAGGAAGAGUUUAAGUACUUGCUUGUUCAGCAUAGACAACCGUUUGAGCCCGAGCACAUGUCGUUUCAAUCGAGCGAGGAUGAUGGUGUUGAUGUGGGAUCGAUGGUUUCGUUUGGGGAUGAGUCCUUUGAGGAGUCAGCACGUAGGGAUAGUGUCAGCCGAACAUCAGAGGAGUGUAUCAUCGAUUUGGUUCAUCCUGAUGUGAUUCAUGACCUCAAAUGCAUUGCCAAUUCAAUGUUCAUGUCGAAUUAUGAUCAUGAGUGUCGCCAAGCGUAUGUCAUAGUUCGAAAGGAUGCAUUGGAUGAGUGCCUUUUCGAUCUGGAGAUCGAGAAAUUUAGCAUUGAAGAUGUGCUGAAGAUGGAGUGGGGUACCUUGAAUUCGAAAAUCAAGAGAUGGGUUCGAGCUAUGAAGGUCUUUGUCCGGCGCUAUCUCGCCAGCGAGAAAUGGCUCUGCGACCAGAUUUUUUCGGAGUUAGGAUCGGCUAAUUUUGUUUGUUUUGUGGAGGCUGCAAAGGCUCCAAUGUUACAGCUUCUAAACUUUGCUGAGGCCAUCUCGAUUGGCCCUCAUCAACCUGAAAAGCUAGUUCGAUUUUUGGACAUGUAUGAGGUGCUUGCAGAUCUUCUUCUGGACAUUGAUGCUCUGUUUCCAGAUGAAGCUGGUUCUUCCGUUAAAGUUGAGUACCACGAAGUUUUGAAGAGAUUGGCUGAUUCCGUAAGGGCAACAUUGGUUGAAUUCAAGAACGCAGUCGCAACGAACACAUCAACAAACCCUUUUGCAGGAGGGGGAAUUCACCAUCUGACCCGAUAUGUUAUGAAUUACCUAAGGCUUCUUGUAGACUAUAAAGAUACCCUAAAUCUACUCCUCAAGAAUGACGGAUCUGUGCCAGUGCUGUUAUCCCCUGACUCGAGUCCCAGCACGGAGGAUGAAAGUACGAGUAAUGAUUUCUCAGGUGGUGUUUCAGCAAUGACACUGCAUUUGCAGUCACUCACUUCAAUCCUAGAAGCCAACCUCCAUGAGAAAUCCAAAUUAUAUAGAGACGCUUCCUUGCAACACUUCUUUUUGAUGAACAACAUCCAUUACAUGGCUCAAAAGGUUAAAAAUUCGGAACUCCGGGUUAUAUUUGGAGACAAAUGGAUCCGAAAACACAACUGGAAAUUCCAGCAACACGCGAUGGACUAUGAGAGAGCUACAUGGAGUACUAUUCUUUCAUUCCUGAAAGACGAGAGCAAUUCCAGCAACAGCUCAAUCUCAAGGACUCUUCUCAAGGAAAGAUUGCGGAGCUUUUACGUUGCUUUCGAAGAAGUCUAUAGAAUGCAGACGGCAUGGCUUAUCCCGGACGUUCAGCUCCGAGAAGAUUUACGGAUUUCUACGUCACUGAAAGUGAUCCAAGCAUAUCGGACAUUCGUUGGAAGACAAAUGUACCACAUCGGUGAGAAACAUAUCAGGUACAAUGCUGACGAAAUGCAGGAUUACUUGUUGGAUCUCUUUGAGGGAUCUCAAAAAUCAUUGCAUAAUCCCCAUAGGAGGUGAAAAAAACCAAUGAUACUCAAACUCAGGUUUUAGUGUCGGAUAUGGAUAUGAUCUGAAAAACUAUGUUACACGAACUCGAGUAUGAUUAGAUUUUUUUAAAGUUUUACCGAAGGUCAUAUUCUCAUACUGCAUGUACGUAUGAUAGCAGAGUAGUUAUAUAUAUAUAUAUAUUAUAUAUAUAUAUAUAUAUACAUGUUUGUAAUCUUCUAUGUAUGAAGGGCAUUUGUGUUGUAUUUUUAGCCCUUUUUUUCCCUCUUUAGUUUGAUGAAUAAAUGGAUUGGUUAAAGCCAAUGCUCGCCUGUUAGAAGUUUGGGUCUCCCUGUUUGCUUCCAAAUAUAUGAACUGAUGACUUAAGUAGAGCAGAAUUUUUACCGUUUGUAAUCUCAUCCCUGUGUUAAUGGCUGGAUUUUAUUUUUGGUUGGCAAA